UUUUUUUUUCAUGGAAGCUCGGUGUCUUUCCGGGUCUUGGCGAAUGUUACAAAAGGGGUGAGGUCUCGAGGUUGCGUCCUGCCACACACACCACUAUUCUAGCCACCUCUUUGACAUCGACAGCGACAUGAGCGAAGGGCCCACACGUCGACUCCUCGUUGUUGGGGCCACCGGCAACAUUGGCACCGAGCUGGUGCGGGAGGCACUCAAGGCGUCUUCACCAUUCACCCAUGUUCGUGCUUUGGCCCGAGACACGUCCAAGAUAUCGCACUUGGGAAGCAGCGAGGGCUCGAGCAACCGUCUGGAGCUUGUCGACUGCAAUGCGUACGACGUAGAUGGCCUGGACGCUGCCUGCAAAGACGUCGAUUCCAUCGUUUGCGCAUACAGAGGGGUUCCAAACCUGGCGCUCGACGCCCAGCUCCUGCUCAUGAGAGUCGCCGAGCGGAGGGGAGUCAAGCAGAUGAUCCUAGCUUCGUGGAACUACGACGUCACCAAGAUCAAGCUCGGUGAUCACGAGCCUUAUGACGCCUACGUCAGCAUCCUUGCGCAGACGGAGUUCAUUCCAAACCUCAAGGUGCUCUUUGUCGUGUCUGGCGUCUUUUUCGACGUCCUCUGGUGGUUCGGCAUCUGGAAAGCCGAGAAAGGCCACUUCGAGACGUUUGGGACCGGAGACGAAGUCUGGAAGCUCACCAGCCGAGAGGAUGCUGCAAGAUUCUCGAUUGAAGCAUUGCGCGACAGAAAUCGCAGCGGGAUUGUCCAUAUUGCGAGCGAACAGCUCAGUCUCAACGACAUUUCCAAGCUUGUCGCCGAGGUCAGAGAAGGAUCGGCCGAUAAAGCCAAGCCAGUCAAGUCUCUGGGCAGCGCAGACGACUGCCAUGUGGAGUUUGUUCGUACUCGUGAAGAGCUUGGCAAGCCAAGGUACCUGGAGUAUGCGUGGCUGGGCUACGUUUACUAUACAAUCACUGGCAAGUGGGAUUUCGAAGCGACGGACAAUGCGCCUCUGCUGGAAGGCGCGGCCUCUCCUUGGCAGCUUUCGAAGCUGAAAGACUACAUCAUCGAGAAUCCGGACGCGAUCGAUCACCCUCCGGAAAAGGUGCAGUGAGGAAGAGGGAGCGGCAGGUCUUGUAUGGCAGUAGUGCCUUCAAACGCGGACCAAUUGGAUUGAAAUUAAUGCGUGACUGCAGUCCUGAACGUCACAUCAAUCCGCGGACGAGAGUCGAGGCCGGAAAGUCUUCGAUCUCCGAUCUGUUGUGAG